AAUGCAUGUGUACCCAAACGACGAUCACGAAGUUCUUGCAAUUGAGCGGCGGCCAGUUUGAAAUGAGAAUUCCACCGCAACGGUAAUUCGGUAAAAAUACGCACAGCCACGGCUGUAGUGAAUGAGCGCAUAGUAUUCAUUUUGUAUAUUGUACAAGUACCUCGCCCGCCGUAUUUAGGUUAUAAAUAGAAAAUCGACGAAUUUUCAAUUCUUUUGAAGAAAAUAGCAAAAUAUCUUCGAUUUGUUCAUAAAAAGCGUAGUUUUUCGUUAAAAUCAUAUGGAAAGUAAAAGACCAGUGAAAAAGUGUGGAAAUUAAAAUAAUUCACGAAUUUAUUUGUAUUAUUCUUUCGCUAAAUAAAAGACGAGAAACAUAAACAUUUGGCGCGUGUUUUAGAAACGAAAAAAGAAAACUUGAAGCAAAUUCAGUUGAAAAUACGAAUUUAUUUGUUCUGCUGCAGGUGCGUGCACACACAUACAUGCAUACUCGUAUGUACGCGGGCAGCGUGUGGAAAAUUUAGUGCAAUCUUUUAAUUACUAGUCGAAAAGUAUUCCAAAUGUGACUGAAAAGAAACAAAAAGAAAAACAGAAAUUGGCUUAACUAGUGUAGAGUUCGUGACAAUUGCGAAGCAACGGAUGUUUAACGGGUUUUUAUAUUCAUAUUUACGUGAAAAUUGCUCAAUAGGAAACUAGUGUUAAUGACAAAUCCCAGUUUACAAGCGUACACAAUCACAUUCGCUCGGAAGCAUAUGACGUCAUAAUGUCGAAAAAACCUCGAGGGAAUAUACACAAAAUUCGAGAAUUCGAAUUGGAAAAGAUCCAUUUAGUCGAUGAAUUCGACAUUUUACAAAUAGUUGGAGAAGGAUGGUUUGGAAAAAUUUUGCUGGUCGAACACCGCGGCUCCCAAACCGAAAUGGUGUUGAAAGCCGUGCCAAAACCAUACGUCUCGAUACGGGACUUCUUUAGAGAAUUCCACUAUGGACUGCAUCUGGGUAUUCAUAGAAAUAUAGUGACCACAUACGAUGUGGCCUUCGAAACAGCCGGUUUCUACAUAUUCACACAGGAGUAUGCGCCUCUGGGUGAUCUCACAUCAAACAUGACCGAGAGUGGUGUUGGCGAGGAAUAUUCAAAGCGAGUGGCUAGACAGAUUGGCGCAGCAUUGGAUUACAUGCAUUCAAAAGACAUAGUACACCGGGAUGUGAAGCUGGAUAAUGUGCUGAUUUACCGGUCGGAUUUCACACGCGUCAAAAUUUGUGACUUUGGCGAAUCCUAUCAGGCAGGCACCAUCGUGGAGCGACGGAAUGAAUGGCUGCCUUACAGUCCACCAGAAGUAUUAGAAAUUAAGCCGGAAGGCACAUACACGGCUGAGCCCAGUCACGAUGUCUGGCAAUUCGGUAUUGUCAUCUUUGUCUGCCUGACCGGUUGUUUGCCUUGGCAAAAAGCCGCAUCCGAUGACCCUCGUUAUGUGCGCUACCUAACGUGGUUUGGUGCGAAUAUUCUGCCAAUGCGUCGAACUCCGAAACUCUUUAAGUUGAUCACAUCACGCGCCCAGCGCAUGUUCAAACGAUUUCUAGAUCCACGUGCAGAACGUCGACCGAAGAAUUUAACUGAUUUAGCAAAGUUCCUUGAUGAUCGCUGGUUAACAAAGACAGCUGAAAAAGAAAUGGCUGAAUAUGAAACCGAUGAACUCUGUCCGUCCAUGUAUUCCUUCCACAGCAGCCCCGAUGAAAAGAAUCGAGUACUCUACACGCUGGCGAAUUGUGGCUUAGAGACGAAUGUGGAUCGGCAAUCGAAGAAGAAUCGUAUCAAAGAUUGGAUCGAAGCUUCGGUUAUAACAGAAGAGGAUGAAGAGGAACUUGAAGACGCUUCACCCUCCUCAUCUGUUUCUCGUGAGCCUGUCGCUGGACACAUCUCUUCCAUACGCUCAACAUUGGACAAAACCAAAUCAAUCAACACCACACUCAAAGAUGCCGCCCAGAAACACUUCGAUCCUCGUACCGGCGCUCUCCAAGAAGGUCCCAGCGAAAUGGGCGGCAUUACGCAAACAUACCAAAAGUCUUACAGCCCCUCGUCAAUGGGCAACGCGUCUACCGUCAAUAAUGGUGAUAGCCUUUGUGGAAGUCUGCUCACAUUGGGCUCACGACCCGAUCUACUCCAAAGUCACUUAGAAAUAUAUAAUUCUGAAUUGAAUUUAAAUCGUUUAGGUGAGCAUAACAACGCCGCCGAUUUCUACGGUCAUAACCAAUCGCUUAGCAGCAGCAAUUUACUAACGGUCGACUACGGCACAAUGCACAAGAGUGACACCUUGGCUAAGAAAUCAGUGGGUUUAGACACACAUGGUCUACCAAAUGAGUAUAGGAAGAGCGCGUUAAAGCGGACAAAAUCUGAUUCUGUAAAGACCGUUAUGUUCGCUAGUAUGCCUGCAAUCAAUAACAGUGAAGCUUAUGCCUCUGCUGGGCUCAAGUUGCCUACAAAGCAACCGCUAAAGAAUGCUACUAAUCAAAAGCUAACCAGUGCUAAUACCCCACAUGACGCUUCUUUCUCUUCAAAUGUAAAUAUUACUAAUGACAGCAAUGUGCUCACAGGGAACGUCGACGUGGUUAAGCCGAACUCUUCUGCCACCUUAACGGGGCUGGCGAACGCCUUCCAUUCUCUUGCCUCCAUUACAUUACCAAGGUCAGACACACCUGAUAGACAGCAGCAGCAACAGCAGGUGCAACAACUACAGAAACAGCAACAGGCUCAACAACAAGUUCGGCAACAACAGUUCGCAACGUAUUACUUGAAGCAACAAGAAAAUGGUUCCUCAGUCAGGGAUAGUGCUUACGGCUCAGCAGAGGUAAGUGAGGGUCCUUCGAGAACAGUAAGCUACUCCUCCAUGAAGCCGCAGCUCAAUGGAAAUUCCGAGCAUCUCAACGGACUCCAACAGCAAAAGCAACUGGUAUCCAAUAAUACCCGGGCAUUAAGCCCGGAUGGACGUCAGCGACCGCACCAAACUCAGCAGAUUUAUCGAGGUGCGCGAACGACUGUUUUAAAGGAUUCGGCUUACGAUCGGGUCCAUGUUACAACAAAUAACAACAGAAAUCGAAGAUAAGCCAAGAAAUAUACGGUUAAUAGAGAUAUCCAUUCAAACGAAAGUGAUACCACUGAUGCAUACAUGCACAUAUGUAUGUCUAGUUUUAUAGUCCGCUCUUCGCCCUUACAUUUGUGAAAUAUCCCAUUUUAUAAACCUUAUUAUAAAUAAUAAGAAAGUAAAUAAAUAAAACCAAUUCUUGC